AUGAGUCGAAAUCCAUCACCACGGAGAUUCUAAAAUGUGUUAGAUAAAUGGCAUUAUAGUAAAUGUUCAGAAAUAAAGAUCCACUUCUUUGUGAAAAAUCUCUAUAUGGGCAAUCAAACAGAAGAUCAAUUUUUGUGUUUUGUGAAAGAUCGAGUGUAGAAGGCGGUAAGAUUAUAAAGAUGAAUAAAGGGUCCUUGUGAAGUGAUUUAAAUAACAGAUAAGAAUUAGAAUGAACGAACAAUUGAUAUAGCAAUAGGUAUGCGAUAUGACAACGAUGCUAAAUUGAUAUAUAUUGGAAAGAAACAUAUCAAUUUGGUAUCAAAAAAUCAAAGUGAAAAGAAAAUAAUUCCUAUGAUUAGUGAUAUAUUUUUGAUGAUGCUAAGGGUAGUGAAUAUUAUAUAAGAGGGUGUUAGGAGAAGGGAGAAGUAGACAAAUAAGCACUUGAAGAAAAAUUGAGGUAGUAAAGAUUUGGUGAAAAAAAGAGAGAUAGAUCAAGUAGUUAAGAAUCAUCAAGAUCUGAUAGUGUUGAUAAAAAGAAGAAUCCUAGUGCAAUAGUCUUAAAUUUAUAAGUUAUUCCAUAAUAGAAAACUAUUCCUCCUCCUCUUCCUCCUAUUGUGGAUAUUUAACCAGUGCAAUUAACAAGUAAUUAAAUUCACUCAUACAUUAUAGUUCCUAAGGAAACUCUAUAUAUCUUUGGGAUUCCCUUAGAAUUCACUUUACAAGAGUGCUUGAUAGAUAUUAAAAAUAGCUUGAAUUUAUAGUAAUUACCAGAGGGUACAUUCAGAAGUGAAAAAUAGUAAGAUCAUAUUUUUGAAUAUUUGGAAGUGCAAUUAGAAAUGAUAUAGAAGAAUCUGUUAUUAAAAAUUAAGAAUGUGCCCUGUCUUAUAUGUUAAAAGAAAAAGAAGACUGAUUCAUUCUCAGACAUACUUAAACAAUAUUAAUUAUUCAUCAAAACAUAACACCCAAUCAAUACAAACAAAUUAUUGACCAUAUUCCAAUAAUAUGGUGAUAUCAUUGGAUUAUAUGAAUUGCUAGUUAAGUAAAUUCACUAUCUCUAUUUCUAGUCAAGAGGAAUCAUCCAAUUCUCAUUGUAUUGUAUAUACAACUGAUCAAUUCAUUAAACAUUUGAAACCUCCUGGUCAAAUUGAAAUUCCUGAAGAAAAAACAAUUUAUGAAUACAGAAUACCUGAUUAAAAUUUUGUCUCUUUUCAACGGAUCCCCUACAAAAGUACAUUACAUGCCUAAAUUACAAGGGAUUCUAGUAGUUCUAGUAGUAGUAGCUCAUCAUCAUCAGUAAUUAUUUUAAUAUUAUUAUUAAUAAUAGUCUUCACGGAGCAGAAGUGAUAGUAACCCUAGAAAAAAAAAAUAAUACAGUAUUUAUACUAUUAUUAUAUAUAUAAUUUUAGAUAAAAAUAAUUAUAACAAUCGCAAAAGAUAAAACUAUAGAAGGAACAAUAAUUAUUAUGACAAUUGAGAUUA